GUACUGAACGCCUCUAUAUAAAACAAGCCAUAUCAAUUUAAAGGACGUGCAAUCAACAAAGUGACUAUCUUGAAUAGGUAAACAUGGUGAACAAAAAUAACAAUGAUGGUAUUGAUGAAGAAAAUGAAGAUAAACUCGAGAAGCAGAAAGAAAAGCUAAAUGAAGAAAUAAAAGCACUAGAAGAGGCAUUAGAGAAACAAGAAGCCCGUUUGAGUGGACUCCAAUCAAACGCAUUCCAACUAGCAAACUACUAUUUCGUUUUCCAAGGUGUUAUCCUAACAACACUUUGCAACCGUAAUACUAUUCUUAAAUGUUCAGAUCGUUGGUUUCUUGCAACACUUUCAGCUUUAGCAGCAACUGUUAAUUUAUGUGCUUUGGUAUCUAUUGGUACCAAGUACAAUCGAAUUUUUACUCAACAAGCUAAAACUUGGACUAAGUGUAAUGAGUUGCAAAGAGAACAAGAGAGACAAAGGCUGCCAAACACUAUCAAUCAAUAUCCAUCAUCACCAGCACAACCUGUAUUAAACGUUGAUAAAUAUGGAAUCAUACAACGUUGGGUUUUUUUUUGUAUAUGCAUAAUUUUCUUUCUUUUAUUUGCUAUUAUUGUCUUUGUAGGUUGCUUGAGAUUUCUAUGCAUACAUAGGGAGGUACCUAAAAACUAAAGUUUUACAUGUCAAGACAGUGAGUUACAAUACCUCUACACCAGCAUGUGCAAUAAACCGAAGAAAAAAAAAAGGGAAGCUUGUAUUUAUGUAUAUGGUCUUAAUAUGUACAUCAAGUAUUUGUGAAGAAUUUGCAUUCAUGAUUCUCAAAUGAGUCGUUAUUUAUUAUAUAUGUUUGAGAUUAA